GCAGAGAUCUGUAUGCAAAGUAACAGAGAUAUAUUUGCAGAUGUCAGAACAGUUUACAUCUGGAAGUAAUUUUUUUUUCUGUCUUUCCUUCAAAUGCAACAUUUCACUUUACAGAGCUGCUCAUCAAACUUGCGCAGGGACUGGGUGAAAGAAUAGUCAUCGGGAAUUAAUCCACCCCAAUACUGAUAUACUCUCAGGAAAGAAAGGAAAACCUGGCGUGGGCGUUAUUUCUACACUACAAUGCAAGAAAUACCCAGUAAUCAAGAUCUGGCCUGAACUAAAUCAGUCCUGGUACCUGCUUUGGACCUGCCCUCAUGGCUUUCUUAAGGAAACUUAACCACAUUCUUCUGGUUCUGCUUCUGUUGACCUUCUGUCUGAUAUUGUAUAGUACUAUCUACAAGGUGUCUACCGUCAAAGAAAAAAAAGUAACAAAGGAGCAAGAGGCAGAUCAAUUUGAAGAUAUAGAGGAAGAUGUAAUUCCAGUUGUUAUUAGUGCUCCCUCGGGCAGGAUGGCAGCAACUAUGGCUGCAAUUAACAGCAUCAACGCUCACACUGCCGCCAAUGUCCUGUUUUAUAUAGUGGGGAUGAAAAACACAUUAACUCAUAUAAGGAAAUGGAUUGAAGGCACUUAUUUGGCUGACAUACAAUUUAAAAUAAUUGAAUUUAAUCCAGAGGUACUUAAAGGGAAAAUUCGCCCAGAUACACCUAACCCUGAGCUUCUGCAGCCACUAAACUUUGUUCGGUUUUACCUGCCAUUGUUGACCUUGAACCACGAGAAAGUAAUUUACCUGGAUGACGACAUCAUUGUUUUAGGCGAUAUCCAGGAAUUGUAUGACACAGAGAUAGCAAUGGGCCAUGUUGCUGCAUUCUCUGAAGACUGUGAUUUACCCUCAACCCAAGAACUUAUUAAGAAAGUAGGCAUACAGAACACCUACAUGGGGUUUCUUGACUAUAGAAAGAAAGCCAUCCAAAAACUUGGCAUUAGCCCAAGCACCUGCUCCUUUAACCCAGGUGUGUUUGUUGCCAACAUGACUGAGUGGAGACAUCAACACAUUACUAAGCAAUUGGAAAAAUGGAUGAAGAAAAAUGUUGAAGAGAAUCUCUACAGCAGCACAGUAGGGGGCGGUGUGGCUACACCUCCCAUGCUUAUAGUAUUUCACGAAAAGUAUUCUCACAUUAGUCCGUACUGGAACAUUCGAUAUUUAGGAUGGAGUCCAGAUGAUAAGACAUCACAAAAUAUUCUUCAAAAGGCAAAGCUUCUUCACUGGAACGGAAGAUAUAAACCAUGGCAAAUGCGCAGUGCACACAGUAAUAUAUGGGAAGAAUGGUAUAUCCCAGACCCAACGGGGAAAUUUCAGUUACACCGUGUCUGAUACAAUCUCUUGCACAAUCCUAAUAUUCUGUACCACCUGUUAUUUGUACAAUGCCCCAAUACUGUCGAAAACACAACUGUAUAGCACUAUCCUCUCUGUGUGUAAGAUAGAUACAGUAAUUAGAUAAUUCAUGCUAAAGUCAGGUUAUAACACAAAUUAAAUGAAGCAAAAACAAAAAAAAGGUAACAAAUUUACUGGUACCUGCAAUAAGCUGAGAAUAUUCUUUUUUUUUUUCAUGAAUGAAAUUACUAGCACCGGCUUCUGAACUAUAUAUCAGUCUAAGACUUAAGUAACAUCAGAGAUAAUAUGCAAUCUGAAGCCAAGCCUGUUUCUAUGUAAAUAUAGCCAUUUUCUGUUAAUAAGAGAUUACAGAUUCCGUUUGUUAGAUCAUUUUAAUAGAGUUUAAUUUCCCAAAAAAUGUUUUUUGUUUUGUUUUUUAAAUAAAAGUGUUUGUGUUUUCGAA